AUGACCACCAUACAAGAUAACGGAGGACAAUUACCUCGAUCAGGAACAUUGGUGAGCAUUCACUACCGACCAGAGACGCUGAAGGAAAAGUUGCGGAGGAAGCUGAGCUGGCUCUGCUGCUUUGGCUCCAAGGACAAGACCAUCGAGUUCGAGUUGAUGGAAAAGGAACGUCGCAGGCGCAGCCGCCGUGUGAUAUGA